CAGAACAGAGAAGAAAGAAAGAUGAUUAUUCCAGUUCGUUGCUUCACCUGUGGCAAGGUUAUUGGAAACAAAUGGGACACAUAUCUUGAUCUUCUACAGGCAGACUACACUGAAGGGGACGCGCUUGAUGCAUUGGGUUUGGUUCGUUAUUGCUGUAGGCGAAUGCUAAUGACUCAUGUGGACAUCAUUGAAAAGCUUCUAACCUACAAUGCUAUGGAGAGGUGUGAUACCGGCUGAGCCAGGCGAUAUUGA